CCCUAGACACGGGCGGCAACCUUGAGAAAAGCUCUGCGAUUGCGUUGGCGUUGGCGUUGCAAUAGUUACAUAAAUCCAUCAUCAUCGUGGUCGUGGUCGUGUUCGAUCAUCGCCAGACCCUCCCUCAUGUCAUGCUCCCAGUCCCAGUAGCAUGUCCACACUAUCCCCAGGAAACCUCUCGGUCGAUCUCUCAAUCGGCCAUCUAAUUCUCCCAGUUUCUGUUGCAUUUCCUUCUCCACAAUCCAUGGCAGCGUUAACUCCUCCCUACGUAUCCCCUCCUGAAAGGGUUCGAUACACUGACAUCGACCCAUACGAGGGUGCACCUUCUUCUACCUAUUUGAGAGCUGUCGAGACCUUGUCUGGAUCUCUUAUGAGACAUAAUGCUGUACUGAUCGAACUCCGUUCUGAAGAUGCUGCAAUGAUACGUUGCGGACUCGAGGCUUCAAGGUUAUAUUUCAGAACUAGGACUCAGAAUCCAGGGAAAGGAAGCCGGGCUCACUACUGUUAUAGGGCUGGAAGGCAAUCAGAAGACUGGGAUUCUUCACCCCCUUGCUUAGAUGAUGUCUUUAGGUGCAUGGGAAAAGUAGCCCGAGCAGCUUUGUCUGCAAUAGCAAGGCAUCUUCGUUUGAGAAGCGAUGUUUUUAAUCACUUACUUGAUGACAACCCACUGCCUACAAAUCAGACAUCUGCAUCAAUGCUGGUUGUGACAUACUCUACUCUCUCCGGGCAAACUAGCAAAAGUUCUGUGGGGCUUGGUAAGCCCCAUGUGAAUGUAGAAGUGGAGAAGGGGCUAUUGACUUUAAUUUCUUCGGAUUAUCCCGGUCUUCAGGUUUGUGAUCCCAAUAAUCAUUGGUACUUAGCAGAUGGUGGAUCAGCUCCUGGAGAUCUCUUGAUUCUUACUGGAAAAUGUCUAAGUCAUGCUACUGCAGGCUUACGUCCUGCAGCGUCUUAUAGAUCUUCAUUUGAUCAAUUUUCUGGUGGCGGAAGUGGGGGAAGUGGAAGGACAUCUCUAGAAUUCCGGUUAAUGCCUCAAGGUGAUGCGAUUCUGGAUUGUUCUCCUAUUUCUGCAGCUGGUCAUGUCAUUCCUCAAAGCUAUGUACCCAUAUCUGUUAGCCGGUUCUUGGAUGACCUUUCAGCUGAGGAGGAUGUGAUAUGCAACCUUUCUGAAAACACUGAAGGCAUUCAGAAGCAUAUGAAUAGAGAAAUUUCUUUGAGAAGCAUUCUUUCGGACCCUUUAUCUGGUGCAUUCCUUGAGGAUGCUAUGGUUGUCACAUGUGGGCAUUCCUUUGGUGGACUUAUGCUAAGGAAAGUUCUAGACACUUCAAAAUGCACCAUCUGUGAUGUAGAAAUUGAGAGCAACACUUUGAUCCCUAAUCACGCCCUGAGAUCUGCAGCCUUAGCUGUGAGACAGGAGGAUGAUAAGAGGCUUUUCCACAACGCGGCUAUUCGGAAGCGUAGAAAAGAAAUGAGUGAUAGCAUGGACAUCUCAAGAAGACAAAACCAGGAAGAUGUUGCCAUUGGUUCUGAUGAUGGGCUACAAAAAAAAGUGCAGUAUCCUUUUGCGGUGAACGAGAAAGUAUUAAUCAAGGGGAACAGGAGAACACCUGAUAAGUUCGUGGGGAAGGAAGCAAUAAUCACUUCACAAUGUUUGAAUGGCUGGUACUUGCUGAAGAUUGUAGAUAGUGGAGAGAACGUCCGGUUGCAAUACCGAUCUCUUAAAAAACUCUCUCAGUUGCAGGAUACUGAUCCUAGAGAUCCAUCAUAGAGAAACUGCUCAUUACUUGACUUCUUAUAGUUGUUUGGGAUGCUAUAAUGCUAAGUAGUAGGCAUCUCAGUAUGUGAGAAAAUUUGGGAUCAGUUUGUUCCAGAAUGUGGAUCAAGCAAGCUUUGUGGGUGAAAGGAGAUUGUAUCUAGUAGUUAUGGUAGCUGUUUAUGAGUUUUGUACAGAAAAUGACCUGUCUUAGAAUGAAUUUUGAUAAGAGGAAAAGAAAGACCCUGCCAUAGUAAUUAGGAUGGAGAUAUGGUAUAGGGUGCUAGGGAAAUGAAUGUAAGUUGUGACAUUUUGUACUUUUAGUUUGUGGAUGGAAAAAUGUCACUUUUCUUUCACUUGUA